CCCCCUUUCCAGAUCACCAAUCUACAUCUACCUUCAAGCCCCCAAUCGGGCCUUCCCUGAAAAAAUGUUCAGACUCUACGAAGUCGACCCCGACGCCGACGUCUUACUCAUCCUCCCAGCCGCCUCAGCCGCCGCCGCGCCCAAUGGCCGGGAAAGCGGGGCGUCGAACCCCCCACCUCCGGAGCUGCGCAUCAAGGUCUCGUCCAAGCACCUGGGCCUCGCGUCGCGCCACUUCAGGGACCGGCUCAAGUGGGGGGAGUGGUCGACUUCCGAGCCGGACGGCCGCUUCCACGUGCGCCUGGAGGGGUUCGACGCCGGGGCGGUGGCGAUCGUAAUGGAUGUGCUGCACGGUCGGGGCGGGAGGGUGCCGCGGUCGGUGGACUUGGAGACGCUCGCGAAAGUGGCUGUUUUCGUGGAUGAGUUUCAGUGCUUCGAUGCUGUGGAGGUGUAUGCCGAGAGGUGGAUCGGGAAGCUGGAGGGGUCGCUGCCGGGCGCGUUCGGGAGGGACGCCGUGCUGUGGAUGUUUGUUGCUUACGUCUUCCGCCGUUCGGAUCUGUUUAAGGAGGUCACGCGGCUGGCCAUAUUGCACAGCACGGGGCCGAUCAGUGACUUAGGUCUUCCUGUUCGCGAGAAAAUCAUCAGGAUUAUCGACAGCCGGAGACGGGAACUUAUUGCAAGGGCUCUCGCGAUUCUCCGCCGCGUCCUGGAUAAUCUGAGCGAAGGCCAAGUCUCGUGCCCUUACGAGUGCGACUCCUUCCUUCUGGGCGCUCUCACCAAGGCGCUGCAUCGCAACGGCCUGGCCUCCCUCCCACCGUCUAGUUCCUUCCCGGGAGUCAGCUUCGUGUCCGUCGUCGAGGCACUUUGCGACGUCAGAAAGACGGAACAAUCCAUCAACGCGAUCAGGGCCAGUGCGAGUGCGAGGACUAGGAAACGGAAGAGUCCUUGGCCCGGAGACGUGCGUCCGGCGCCACAACCCACUCCGGAGGCUUCGCCUGAGCCCGAGUUGUUUGGUGUUGAGAGUUUGGAGACGCAUGUUUGCGCGGCCAAGGACCUCUUUACGCCCGGACUGGAUGGUCUAGAGGCAGGUGUUGAGGGCCUGGAACUUGAAAGCAGCCUUGGCUACUAUCUGUACUAAGCGGGGGUACGAAACCAUGCUUCUAAUGAAGAGUAGGUCGGGGUCGGUUUUGAGACUAGCUAACCUCUGUAUAUAUUCAUGAAAAUAGUACUAAAG